AGCUACUUAGAAGCCAUUACGACACCGCGCUGUGUGCAGAAGACGACAGAAAUAACAUAGUAAAACCGUUUUUAUCUCAUAGAGUAUUGUCUUUGAAACAGAAUAAGUCCGUAGUCGAAGAAGUCAAAGGGGAAAAAAAGAUAUUUACAGAGGUUUAACGACGACUGUAUUUUUCACCCGGGACGUCAAGCUUGGCGGAGGGAUUUAACAGAGUGUUCUAGACAUCGGAAGAGUGAAAUCCGCCGUCUAAAUCCGCUCCAAUUGUUUAUUUCCAUCAGAUACCUUCGUUUUGCGGUCCGUGCUUGGCUUUUCUCUUAGGUCUCUGUCUUUAUUUAGAUGGCAAGCUUCCCAGACUCUGUCAACGAAAAUGAUAUAGGUAAGGCUAAGUUCAUCGGUGAACUCCUGGUGCCUGUUGCUCCCUUCGACCAGAAGUCUGGGCGCGAGGCUUGGAGUGUAGCCUUUGCACCCAAUGGUACCUACUUCGCUUGGUCUCAGGGGCAUCGCAUUGUCAGGCUCGUUCCCUGGGAAAAAUGCCUGAAGAACUUCUCUACAGGCCAGAGUGGAGAGGGCACCAAUGCCUCAAGCCCGCGGCGCCUGUCCCGACAGAACAGCGAUGGAGGCCAGGUAAUCCCAGUGACCAACGAGCCCCGCGAACACACCAUCGACUGCGGUGACAUCGUCUGGGGUUUGGCCUUCGGCUCCUCGGUACCAGAGAAGCACAGCCGCUGUGUUAACAUCGAGUGGCACCGAUUCAAGUUUGGCCAGGACCAGUUGCUACUAGCAACAGGCCUCAACAAUGGUCGCAUCAAGAUCUGGGAUGUUUACACUGGAAAACUUUUGCUGAACCUGAUGGAUCAUACUGACGUAGUGCGAGACUUGACCUUUGCUCCUGAUGGAAGCCUCAUGCUGGUCUCUGCAUCCAGAGAUAAGACCCUCCGUGUGUGGGAUCUCAAAGAUGACGGUAACAUGGUGAAGGUCUUGCGGGGGCAUCAGAACUGGGUGUACUGUAGUGCCUUCUCCCCCGACUCCUCCAUCCUCUGCUCAGUGGGUGCUGGAAAAGCAGUGUUCCUAUGGAACAUGGAUAAGUACACACUGAUGAGGAAGCUGGAGGGACACCAUAAUGAUGUGGUGUCUUGUGAGUUUUCACCAGAUGGGGCGAUGUUGGCCACCGCCUCUUAUGACACCCGCGUCAUCGUGUGGGACCACCACAAGGGCACCAUUCUGCUGGAGCUGGGCCAUCUCUUCCCUCCUCCAUCACCCAUUUUUGCUGGAGGGGCAAAUGACCGCUGGGUUCGCUCUGUGAGCUUCUGCCCUGAUGGCCGCCACAUUGCCAGCAUUACUGAUGACAGGCUGGUUCGUUUCUGGAGCAUUGAGGAAAGAGCUCCUCAGGCCAUCGCCUCUCUCUCUAAUGGCCUCUGCUGUGCCUUCUCCUCUGAAGGAAGUGUCCUUGCUGCUGGGACUCGUGAUGGUGGUGUGCACUUCUGGGAAAGUCCUCGUAGCAUUGCCAGUCUGCAGCACAUGUGCAGGAUGGCUCUCCGCCGGGUGAUGACCACAGAGCAGGUGGAGACUCUGGCCAUUCCCACGCCACUCCGCGACUACCUAACCUAUAAAGUCAUCUAAUCCCCCAUCCACCCAGCCCCCACUGCACCUGCAGCAGCAUGCUGGAAAACCAAUGAAUCUCUCGCUUGUCUGAAAAACAAACAUUUUUUUUAGAGAACUCUGUUGAAAGGACAAACAAAACCAAUCUGGACAAGAGGACAAGAGCUUAAUUUUACUGAUGCCCCAGAGCCACAUCCCUAUCUCACCCCCCCACCCCCCCUCCAACCACAUCCUCACACAGCAGGAUGUUGUGUUUUGUACAUAUUUAUUUUUGUUAGUGCUUUAGUAAAGGAGCUUGCUGAGGCCAGCACACAAUCCAUACCUGUAAGGUCAAGUUAUUUCUGGGGCUUCCUGCUCCCCCCCUCCACCACAUCAGUGUGGUACCUGAAAGUGUUCUGCUCCAGCUCUUCACCAAGUUCACUAAACUCCUCCUCUUCUUCUUCUUUUCCGCUGACUUGAAAUGGCUGUUGCACUUAAUAUAAGAAGCUUUGCAGUUGUGCUCUCUGUUACUGUCAGGUUUUCACUUUGUAAGUGUGUGAGCUAAAGGGAAGAGUCGCGUGGGAUGUAAGGGUUUAAAGGAUGCAGGGUUUUUGAAGGCCAACACUAAGAUCUUUGGACUACUGAUACUGUGGAAUUACUUAUCUUUAAAUUUGAUCAUAACAAUCCAAGCAGCCAGUGUUCUCUCACAUUGUGAAUAUUUUUUUCUUAAACAGUAUUUACAGCACAAUCACAUGUCCUGGACAUUUUUUAAUGUGGCUUAGCAGCAGAUGUUAUUUCCAAUAUAAAAUCACUCGCUAGAUUUAUCAGCAGUUCAAGUACAGUGACUUAGCUAUCAAUCAACUCAAUGUCAACAUCAUAUAGUUUUUAUACAAUCAGACUCCAGAUAGCUAUCUUGACGUUCUGCCUACAAUGGCUCCAAAUAUCCACUGCAGCUUACAUUAUUCUAGCCCUGACAUGAUGACCCGAAACAUGUCUGACUGGUAACAUAAUGGCAACAAUAUGCUUGAAUGUGUGUGUGUGUGUGUCCUAUAAAGCCUUGAGAUGAGUGUUGCAAUGAUCUCACACUAAAGCAAAGCCCAUCUGCUGCUUCACUGCUAUCUAUAUUUAAGCCUGUAAAAAAAACCUGUAUACACAAUUCCAUGUGAUAUGUAUAUACAAAACUGUAUGAUGUCUGUAAACAUAUCGAAGUGUAGAUUUUUUUUUUCUUUUUGGUCACGUUCUUCUGUUCAACAUUUGUAUUUUUGUAUUUGUAUUUCUUCUUGUUCUCCUUUUUAAAUGUGAAAAUGUCUACAAAUAACUACAGCUGUCUUACUGCUAAGGCUCAGAAAGAUAUUCCAUUUCUCUGUGCAGGUCUGAUCUAGACUAUAGCAUUGAAUGCUCCUGUGCCCUGUCACACUUUGCUCUGUGUAGAAAUGACUGCGAGUAAAGACAGCAAACUCGAAAGUAACAUUGUUCCUCUGAUAAACAAAUGAGACCAAAUGACUGGCAGCCUCUGUCAUCUGGUGUCAAAGACCUUCAUGUUCACUGUAUUUGAGAUAGAAAUCUGCACAUGAUAAUCCACAGUGACUCUUAAGAAAUCUUCACUUUCUUGAUUGUCAUUUUCAGUUUGUAUGUUGGUGAGAGGAGAUAUGAAGAAGGGAAAACUAGUUCUGAGUGUGUUUGUGUGUGUGUGUGUGUUUGUGUGUGUGUGUGUGUGUGUGUGUGUGUAGGCAGGUGGGUGCAGAGCAGCUGCAAUAAGUUCUCUGACAGUCAGUGCUAAUGCCAAAGGUUUCCCUGUGUGAUAGUCUGUGAAUGGUCAGGCUCUCAUACUCCUCCGCUGAUAGAUGAUGUCUCACAAAAAGGCUGCAGUGCUUUGUUCUCCAUACAGAACCUUAACGUUUGUAACCAUUGUGAUUGGAAAAACACAGUCCUGCCUCAGUUGGAUGCAGUAUGAAGCGCUAAAUAUAUCAAAUAUAUAUGAAUGUAUACAUUUCCUUUUUUUUGGUAAUGUUUUUUUUUGUGUUUGUAGUUUCAAUAAAGGCUUUUUAACA